GGGACCCCAGGACCCCCGUGACUGUGGAGGCUGCUGCCGGUCCCCCGCCGGGUGUUGCUGAGCGCGGAGCCCGCGGGGCCCGUGAGAUCUCCUUCUGAGUGAGUGAGCGCACACCUCUCAUUGCUGACAGACGUGAUGUUUUACCGGUUGCUAUCGGUGGUCCAAAGACAAAGAACCAGCCGAGGAUGGCAGAACUGGUCCUCAGCCAGAAGCGGUGCAUCAGCGGCCGAGGCGCAUUCUGUCGCCCUGCCUGCCCAGGCGCAGGUGGUCAUCUGUGGCGGGGGAAUCAUGGGCACAUCUGUGGCCUAUCACCUGUCCAAGAUGGGGUGGAAGGACAUUGUCCUUUUGGAGCAGGGCAGGCUGGCUGCUGGCUCUACGAGGUUCUGCGCGGGCAUCAUAAGCACUGCCAGGCACUUGAGCAUCGAGCAGAAGAUGGCAGACUAUUCAAACAAACUGUACCAACAGUUAGAGCAAGAAACAGGGAUCCAAACAGGUGUUCAGAUCUAUGACCGGACAAGUGUUGUUCACGUGAUGACCAAAAAAGGUGAAGUUAUUGGUGUGGAGACAAAGGACAGAUCGAAUGCCAGUAUUUUGUCAACUGUGCUGGUCAGAGCCCCUGUUGAGCUCCUUCCUGCGUAGGAUGCCAGACCUGGAGACGCUGGAGAUUGUGAAGUUGGUCAAUUGCCCCGAGACCUUCACGCCAGACAUGAGGUGCAUCAUGGGCGAGUCUCCUUUGGUUAAGGGCUACUACGUCCUGGCAGGAAUGAACUCUGCUGGCCUUUCGUUUGGUGGAGGAGCUGGAAGAUAUACUAAUCAUUCUAAGGACAUCCUAAUCAUCACAGUUCACCUGAUGCUAUCAUUGAGGUCUCAGUACUUCCACCCUUUCCUUCCACAUCAGCCCGCUUCCUGCUCUAACACAGAUGCUCUGCACAGGCAGAUUACAGCAUAUCUUAAGAGAUCCAGGAUGAGUCACAGAGGAAGGAGCCAGGGAAGCAGAGCUCUCCUCCCUGCCCCACAACAUCGGCCUCUCACAUUGUUGUUGUUUUUUUGUUCCAAAAAUGUGUA